AAGACAACCUCCGUCGGUCGCAGUCGUUGGAUCUCUGAUCAUAAUCAUGGCUGAGGAUGCUGCUAUGGUCGCCCCACUCGACAGGAACUGGAAGAUACCAAUAUCCGUUUUCUUCAAAGAUGCUAGGUAUGUUUUCAAGAGGGACGAGCUAGGGAGGGAAAUACUGCAAAUUGCGUUGCCUGCUGCCCUGGCAUUAGCCGCAGAUCCUAUUGCGUCCUUGAUCGACACCGCAUUCAUUGGCCAUUUAGGUCCGGUGGAAAUCGCGGCUGUAGGAGUUUCUAUGGCUAUUUUCAAUCAAGCCUCCAAAGUCACCAUAUUCCCUCUUGUUAGCAUCACUACUUCAUUCGUGGCCGAGGAAGAAACAGUUCAGAGAAUCAGUCAGGAAAAGCAAAAGGGUAGCAGUACUGAUGAUUUGGAGAAAGGAUCUUGUAAGAAUGGGGAAACGGAGGCACCGGUAGGAGACCAUGAUCCCACAAUGUUGGAGAAUUCAGACAUAGAAGAUGUAGUAAAGGAUGAGACCUCAGAAGAUGAAUGCAAGAUGACUACGUGCAAAACGGUUGAUGCUCCGUGCAGCAGCAGCAGCAGCACGAAGAAGGGAAAAACGAAGGAGCGCAGACAUAUUCCUUCAGCAUCUACUGCGCUAGUUCUUGGGGGAGUUCUUGGACUUAUGCAGACCGUAUUCCUUAUAUUUCUUGCAAAACCAUGUUUAGGCAUCAUGGGAGUGAAAUCUGGAUCAGCGAUGCUACCGCCUGCGCUCAAGUACCUGACAAUAAGAUCACUUGGGGCACCGGCAGUUCUUCUGUCUCUAGCCAUGCAAGGGGUGUUUCGAGGUUUUAAGGAUACUAAAACUCCUCUCUAUGCCACCGUUGCUGGAGAUCUAAUGAACAUAGUUUUGGAUCCAAUCCUUAUAUUUGCUUGUCGGCUGGGCGUGAUUGGUGCAGCUAUUGCUCAUGUCCUUUCACAGUACCUGAUCUCCAUGGUUCUCUUGUCCAAGUUAAUGAAACAAGUCGAUCUAUUGCCUCCCACUAUUAAAGAUCUGCAGUUCAGCAAAUUUCUCAAGAACGGCUUUCUCUUACUAGCGAAAGUGAUAGCAACAACCAUUUGUGUGACCUUGGCAGCGUCGAUGGCUACAAGGCUUGGAUCCACACCCAUGGCUGCUUUCCAGGUAUGCUUGCAGGUGUGGUUGACAUCCUCACUCCUUGCCGAUGGCUUGGCCGUUGCCGGACAGGCAAUCCUUGCUUGCGCAUUUGCUGAGAAAGACUACAAGAAAGCAACGGCGGCUGCUGUCCGUGUCCUGCAGAUGGGAUUCGUGAUGGGACUAGGGCUUGCUCUUGUGGUGGGACUUGGUCUCCAAUUUGGAUCAGGAAUAUUUUCCAAGGACAAAAGUGUUAUUCAUAUUAUCGCCAUAGGCAUCCCGUUUGUUGCAGCCACACAGCCUAUAAAUUCACUGGCAUUUGUUUUUGAUGGAGUCAAUUUUGGAGCAUCUGAUUUUGCAUAUUCUGCUUACUCCAUGAUUCUUGUGGCCAUACCGACCAUUGGAUCCUUGUUUGUCUUGUCCAAAUCUAAUGGCUUUGUCGGAAUAUGGCUGGCUUUAACCAUUUAUAUGGCCUUGAGAACAUUUGCUGGGAUUUGGAGGAUGGGUACAGGAACAGGACCUUGGAGCUUUCUCAGAGGUCGAUCCUUGCCGUCGAAUGUAUGAUCAUAGUAUUUUUGGAAAAUAUACAAUAAAAAUUUCAGCUAUAGCUGUUUUUUCUUCCACAUAUAGCUAUAUAUAUA